GAAAAGUAAAAUAAAAAUCAUAAAAGUGGAAAUAGGCUGACAAAAUUUUGUCAUGAGUGACGAAUUUCGCGCGUUAGCCGAAACCGGUAAUUGCAGACGUGCCGAUUCAUUGUAAAGUUGUUUUUAUAAUUUUAGAUCAUGGCUACCGAAGGGUUCACUGAUUCGGGGCGAAUUUUGAAGAUGGAAGUUGAUUACAGUGCUACUGUGGAUGAGAAAAUACCAGUGUGUCAGCGUUUGUGUCAGGAAGGCAAACUUUCUGAAGCACUGGACAUUUUGAUGUCUCUUGAAAAACAAACUAGAACUGGUGCUGAUACACAUUCAUGUGGACGAGUUUUAGUUGCUAUUGUAAGAUUAUGCUUUGAAACAAAGAACUACCAAGCGUUAAAUGAGCAUAUAGUUUUGUUAACAAAAAGGCGUAGUCAGAUCAAACAAGCAGUUACAAAGAUGAUUCAGGAGUGUUGUUCAUAUGUUGAUCAGAUGCCAGAUAAAAAGACAAAACUGGAACUUAUUGAUACUUUACGAACUGUAACUGCUGGAAAAAUAUAUGUUGAAGUUGAAAGAGCCAGGUUAACUCAUAAGUUAGCUAGAAUGAAGGAGGAAGAAGGUAAAAUUGAUGAAGCUGCCAAAAUUCUUCAAGAAUUGCAGGUGGAAACAUUUGGUUCUAUGGAUCGGAGAGAAAAAGUAGAAUUAAUAUUGGAACAAAUGAGAUUAUGCCUAGCUAUUAAAGAUUAUGUUCGAACACAGAUCAUCAGCAAGAAAAUUAGUACAAAGUUUUUUGAUGAUGCUAGUGCACAAGAUCUAAAACUGAAAUUUUACCGACUUAUGAUUGAACUUGAUCAACAUGAAGGUUCUUAUUUGUCCAUUUGCAAGCAUUUUAGAGCUGUCUAUGAUACAGCUCAGAUCCAGGAAGAUGUUGAAAAGAAGCACGUAGCAUUGAAAAAGGUCGUAAUGUACCUCGUACUUUCUCCUUAUGAUAAUGAACAAUCUGAUCUUAUUCACAGAGUGAAAGAAGAUAAAACGUUGGAUGAGCUACCUAAAUAUAAGGAAUUGUUGCAGCUUUUUACGACAUCUGAAUUAAUUAACUGGCGAUUAUUGCAUCAAAAAUAUGAACCUGACUUACGUGAAGCUACAUCAGAUAUAACAGCCGCUGAAGUCUUUGGUCAUGAUGAAAUUGGGAAGAAAUGUUGGCAAGACUUAAAAAAUAGAGUUGUUGAACAUAAUAUAAGGAUUAUGGCAAAGUAUUACACACGCAUUACUCUUCAGCGCAUGGCUGAAUUGUUAGAUUUGAAUGAACAAGAAACUGAGGAAAUUCUAUCUAAUUUGGUUGUGAAUAAAACUGUAUGGGCUAAAGUAGAUCGUUUGGCUGGAAUUAUUUCAUUCUCGCAAUUGAAAGAUCCAAAUGAAGUUUUGAAUGACUGGUCUCAUGAUUUGAACAGUUUGAUGCAGCUUCUCAGCAAGACGACACAUCUUAUUAACAAGGAAGAAAUGGUGCACAAGCAUUUAUUGUCAGAAGCAUAAUAUAUGUUUAUAUAAAUGUUUUAAAUUCAUGUAAUUUGAAAAAAGAAGGAGAGGGGGAAAAAAAAAAAAAAAAAAAAAAAAAAAAAAAGAAAAACUUCAUGAUUUUUCUGUUUCAAGUCGAAGAUACCCUAAUAAUAUGCAUGUACAGUGGAUAACUGUUAAAUGGAAUUAUUAACAUGAGGCUUAUUAUUUAACAUAUAGAUAUAUGGUUCCAUUAUUUAUAUAUGCAAUAUUUUAUUAAUGCUAAUUUUUUGAAACUGUAGAUGAUACUUGGAUAUCUUCUUUCAUUUUCAUUUUUGUAAAUAAAAAUACAAGUAUUUCAUUAAAAAAUUUUGUGUUGUUGCAUUAA